GCUUCCCAAGCUGAACCGACAGUAGAUCAUGGCAGACACAAGCAAGCCCAAGGAAGAAAAGAAGAGCUGGCACACUCUUUCAUUCCAAGAGCAGCAGCAAAGACAGCUUCAAAAACUAUUUGAACGUGUAGAUAAACCCAUUGUACUUCCCGAACCAAAGAAAGAGAAGAGUUUAAAACCACCACCGGAUGUAGUCCGCAAUGUUCAAGGUUCUAGUGCUGGUGCUGGAAGUGGAGAAUUUCAUGUUUACCGAGCGUUGCGACGAAAGGAAUAUACGCGAUUAAAGGAUAUGGACGAACAGGAAGCCAAGAGAAGCAAGAAUAUGCCGAGAAAUUGGCACGAAUGAAAGCAGAGGAUGAGGAACGCAUAGCAAAGAACCGCGCAAAGCGAAGGAGAAAGAACAAGGACGUCAAGCCCGAGAAGAAAGCCAAGACUGAAGCUGAGCACAAGACAGAAGAGAAGCAGGAGACCAAGGAUGAAUAGAAACGAAAAGCGGCAGUGUCAGCCAAGCUGAUUUCUUUCUCUGUCAUAUGUGGACCAAGUACUCUCUGUCAUCAACCACCUAGAGCUCAUCACCCCUCAUUCUUGUAGAUUUAGAUGCAAAAGGCUCGUUCUUUAAUACGGCUUUGAGUCAUAUAUCCUGUCUCUUUUUUUUUUUUUUAUUAAAUGGUAUGAGGCACAGUAAUAAAGGAUGUCGAUGUUAGACAACAUGCCCUGACAUGCUAAUACACAAACAAUCUUCAAAUCCCAAACGAUGACUUCUUUUCCCCUUAUGCGAUGAGAUAUCUUUUAAAUACCCACCACGCCCUCU